UUGCUCCAUGACUUCUUUGCAGUUUCAGCUCAUCAACAUCCCUUGCACCACUGGGACAAAAGUUCAGUGGAAACAAUGGAGGUAGAGGGAAAGGAAAGGGUGUAGAGGAGAGAGGAAAUGUCUCAUUGUGCUGCUCUGCUCUGUGUAGUUAAUGAGUGCCAAACUCAGCCUUUGGUCCUGUAGCUACACGGAAACACACACACAGCUUACCUCACAUUGAGAGGGCUUGCACAGGAAGGAAGUGAGGAGAGACAGAGACAGAGAGAGAGAGAGAGAGAGAGACACGGUGGGGAAAACGGCAGAUAAGGGUCACUGGGGUUUUCCACUGUGUAGGAUUAGAAAAGAUGAGAAGUAGGUAAAGCAGAGUGAGGAGGGAAAACAUAUGAAGUCACAGACAGAUCAGAGAGCAGAAAGAGAGUAGAGACAGAAGAACGAAAGCGGCGAAUGAGAGCACAUCAGAAAAAAAGAGGAAGAAGAAAGAUAUGGCACUCUGAGUGGUGCUCAAGGAACCAAGGGUAAUUAAACAGCUGUCAUUUGAAGUUAGGAGCAGGUUUUGGGGAAGGGUAUACAGGAAGAGGGUCGUUGUAGUUAAGAUAUUUUACACAGAGGCAGAGGAGUGUAAUCAAAUGGCUAUGGGGAAUUGCACAGCUGAGGAUAAGUACCACAGUAAAGAUGGGAGAUGCUGUGAUCGCUGCCAUGCAGGGUCGUACAUGAAAGCUGAGUGUGAUAGCACGAAGGAAACUGAAUGUGCAGAAUGUGGACGUGGGCUCUACACAGCCACAAAAAAUCAUUUGAACAAAUGUCACAUCUGCAGGGACUGCAGUUCCAAUAACAACCAGAGGAAGUUACGGGACUGCACAGCUCAGGAGGACACUGUGUGUGAGUGUGUGGCUGGUUAUUACUGUAAUAAUGAUCAGUGUGACCACUGCAACCCAGUGACCCGCUGCCCACCGGGCGAAGGAGUCAAGGUUCAAGCCGCUCGUGCGACUGACACAAUCUGUGUCCCAUGUGGAGACGGGACCUACAGCAACGUAACAGAUUUCCACUCACCCUGUCGAGCACAUACCAGAUGUGAGGACAUCGGAAGAUUGUUGAAAACUCCGGGAACCCAGACAAGUGAUGCCAACUGUGGUGACUUCAAAUACAACUGUCAGUGGAUGUUACCUGCAGCCCUGUGGUCAGGACUCGUGUUGACUGCAUUUGUCCUGUUCGCUUUCAUCUGCUGGAGGAAAAAGCGCACGUCAUAUAGAGCAGGUUUGAAAGACUGCUGUAAAACAGCAUCACAGAGAAAAGCCGAUGUGGUCAACCUCAUGAUGGCUUCGAUGGAAUUCAAUAUUGACGCAAAAACCACCUGCGUUGCUCCUGUUACCUUGGUUGACGUACUUCCAGCAGCAGCUGACUGUCCGCUGGAUCUGCCCUUCGCGCCCACAGAGACAAAAAGUUACUGCCAAGAGAGCUGCACCAUGGAUGGCUGCGUUAUAUCGCUUUUUGAACCAGUUGAUAAGAUGGGCAGUGUUGACGCACAGGACAGCGUGGACAGCUGCCUUCCAAUAACUCCACUGAAACCUUCAGUUUCAUUCGCUGAGUCCAGCCACGGGAAUGGAAGUACUGGAUACUGCACCAGCAACUUUGCGAGGACCUCCUCUGAGCCACAGGAGGACGAGUGGUGUGGGACAUAAUCAAGCAGAUGUUUAACCAGAGUCCCUCCCCAGCAUGGAGAUACUGCAACUAUUUCUCCAACUAUAAACUGGACCUAUUUAUACCAAAGGAAAAAAAACAGUUUUCUGCCCCCUGCAGGACAUUAAUAAGAAUUUCAACUCAAGUGAUGUGAUAUUUUGUUGUGCUGCACUCACACACUGCUGUGUGGCUUUUAGCUGCAGCUCUGACGUCUCUAUUUAACUCUCAUUCUAUAUUUUUAUGACUGUGGACAAAUCUCAUGACAAUACAGAAACCGACAUCCGACACUGAAUGUAGAAAUAACUGCAUAUGUGCGGUAAAAACCUGAUGUAGCUUAUUCCUUUGUGCCAUAGAGCUCCACUGUACAAAGAAAAAAAAAAAAAAAGAAAAUUAGAAAGACAUUAGUGAUAAUAAU